AUGGGCAUUUGCAUGAGCACCAACAACGAGGAUGCAGAGCAGAAGAAGCGGAGCCAGGCGAUUGACAAGAAGCUGGAGGAGGACUCGAGGCGAUUACGGCGAGAAUGCAAGAUCCUACUGCUGGGCUCCGGCGAGAGCGGCAAGUCGACCAUUGUCAAGCAGAUGAAGAUCAUACAUCAGAACGGCUACACGGUCGAGGAACUCUCCAUGUACCGCCUCACCAUCUACAAGAACGUUAUCGACUGUGCAAAGUCGCUCAUAGGCGCCAUGCGGCAGUUUGACAUCGAACCGGAGCUCCCGGGCAAUGAUGAAUACUGCGACUACCUGAUGGAAUACGUGGUGGACCCCGAUCCGGAGAAGCCGCUGGACGCAAAGGUCGGCCAGGCCAUUAGUUCUGUUUGGCACGACCCCUGCGUCAAGCAGGUGCUCGACCGCUCCAGCGAGUUCUACCUGAUGGACUCGGCGCCUUAUUUCUUUGACGAAGUCGGCCGGAUAGCAGCCCCCGAUUAUAUCCCCAUAGAAUCCGACGUCCUGCGGGCGCGUACCAAAACGACGGGUAUCUACGAGACGCGGUUUACAAUGGGACAGCUAAGCAUACACAUGUUCGACGUCGGCGGUCAAAGAAGCGAGCGGAAGAAGUGGAUACACUGUUUCGAAAAUGUCACGUCUAUCAUCUUCUGCGUCGCAUUGAGCGAGUACGACCAGGUGCUACUCGAGGAAAGCAGUCAGAACCGGAUGAUGGAGAGCUUGGUGUUAUUCGAUUCGGUGGUUAAUUCGAGGUGGUUCAUGCGGACGAGUAUCAUUCUCUUUCUGAACAAAGUGGAUUUGUUCAAGGCCAAGCUUGCAAGAUCGCCUCUGGGCAAUUAUUUCCCGGACUACUCUGGCGGCAACGACGUCAAUCGCGCGGCCAAGUAUCUGCUGUGGAGAUUCAACCAGGUAAACCGCGCGCAUCUGAAUCUCUACCCACACCUCACACAAGCCACGGACACGUCGAACAUCCGGCUCGUCUUUGCCGCGGUCAAAGAGACCAUCUUGCAAAACGCGCUCAAAGACUCAGGCAUCUUAUGA